UAUUCUACUUGCUUCGCUAAAUUGACACUAAGUUUAUUUGCUCUUAACUUCACGUAAAUUGCAAGCUUAGCAAUGGCUUCGCAUGCCACAAAUCUUCUUUAUAUACUUUCCAUAUGCAUUCAUUCUUUGUCUCAAGUCUUAGUUCAAACCCUUCAAAUAUCAGCUUCCCCGUUUUUGACCAAUGGCCGAACUCCGUCUCUCCAUGAUGUUCUUCUUUCUCUUCAUCUUCUUUUACAUUAACCUCAGCACGGUUGAAUCAUCCAUGGCUCGAGCCAGACAUUUUAAACAUCCGGAUACCAAGGCCCUCAUUGAGGUCUCGUGUCAAACCACUCUAUAUCCGGCCCUAUGCAUUAAAUGUCUGGCCCGCUACGCCAACUCCAACGUUCGGAACGAGCAGCAACUGGCUCAGGUUGCCUUGACAGUGAGCCUAUACAAGGCUCGUUCCACAAGGUCGUACAUGUUGAAGGUGGCAAAAGAGCUGGAGUCAAUAAAAGCGAAGGAGUGUCCAGCCCUGAGAGAUUGCUUGCAACAAAUAGAUGAUAGCAUAAACCAGCUUAGCCACUCAAUCAGAGAACUCCGCCGGUUUGAUCUGAAAGCGGGGAUGACCGAUGACCUAUUUUGGCACAUAGAUAAUGUUGAUACUUGGAUUAGCGCUGCCCUAACCGAUGCUAGCAAUUGCGUGGAUGAGUUGCCGGGGCAUAGGAUGAGUAAAAUGAAGGCCACCAUUAAAGGUAAAGUAAUGAACGUUGCACAGCUAACAAGCAAUGCACUGGCCUUAUUUCACCGAUAUGCUGCUAGGUAUCGAUCUGCUACCAACAAGAAGCCAUAAGGCAAAAUGUGAUGUGAAUACAUGAUUGUUCUAUUGGAUUAGAGUGUGAAUAACAUGAAUUUAAAGGCAUUACCCAAUAUGAGACAUAAAAAUUUAUACUCAAAAUAAACCAUCAUAUUAACAUCCAAAUAGGCGUGUCGGGUUUCGUUAUAAAGAAGACGUUUUGUUUUAGGGCCUUGAAUUUUCUUCUCUUCUAGGCUUGAUAAACAUGGACAAUUUUCAA